GGGAGCCUGUUGGAGGAGGGGAGUGACUUCCCAGGACAGGGGAGAGCAGGCUAUAUAAACUCCAGAGAGCCAGGCUUCACGCAGAUCUCGUCCCUCUGCUACUGCCUUCCAGAGUAGCCCUCGGAGAGCCAGCUUGCCCAGCACCCACCAUGUCCCAGGAUGGCGUUCCUGAAGGCCCUAUCAAGAAGAAGCGGCCCCCUGUGAAGGAAGAAGACCUCAAGGGGGCCCGAGGGAACCUGGCCAAGAAUCAGGAAAUCAAAUCUAAGACCUACCAGGUCAUGCGGGAUUGUGAGCAAGCUGGCAUGGCCGCCCCAUCGGUUUUCAGCCGCAGCCGCACAGGUACUGAGACGGUCUUUGAGAAGCCCAAAGCUGGACCAGCCAAGAGCAUCUUUGGAUGAGAAGUGCUGACCACUCCUAUGCCGUCCUGACCCCUAGACACAGGAGCCUUUCCCAUGAACUCUUUUUCUAUGCCACAAUGUGCCCUUUCCCCACUGGCUCCAGACUGCAGCCUCUCCCCCACUGCCCUGGCCCUUUGGUACCAGCAUUGUGCAAACACCAAUAAAGAAGAUGCCCAGUUGA